GCAUCUAUAAAUCUAGUUUACUACAUCGUUCUACUUCAAGUCGCAACCGCAAUGGUCCUCUUCUUUACUUCUACUGUGGUUGAUCCGCCAGUAAUGCUUUACAUGGGCAAGGAUAAAGUCGAGAACGAAGAUUUAAUCAAAUAUGCAUGGCCUCAAGAUGUGUGGUUCCACGUCGACAAACUAUCGUCUGCGCACGUCUAUCUUCGCAUGCCACCAACCAUGACCUGGGACGGCAUUCCCCAGUCGCUUUUAACCGAUUGUGCGCAGCUAGUGAAAGCCAAUUCGAUCGAAGGAAAUAAGAAAGACAACCUCACCAUUAUCUAUACUCCCGGGAGUAACCUGAAGAAAUCCGGAGAUAUGGCCGUCGGUCAGGUGUCAUUUCAUAAUGACAAACAAGUCAAAAGAGUCCAUAUUCCCAAGCGAGAAAAUGUAAUUGUAAAUCGUCUCAACAAGACAAAGGUCGAGAGGGAUGUAGAUCAUGAGCAAGAGCGCGUAGACCGAAUCAAGAAAGAGAAUGCAGAGAAAAGAGUUAUAGCUGCUCAAAAUAAAAAAGCUGAAGCAGAGCUAACCAAGGCUAGAGAAGCGGAGAAGGCUGCCCGCUCCUAUGAUCUAUUAUUCCAAGUCGAGGAGGAUCCUGAUGCACCGAAGCUGACCGGGAAAGCUAUCGAAGAGGACUUUAUGUGACUGUAUAAACCUAAUCCAAGUGUCUGUCAAUGUUAUGUUGCGCUCGAGUCUUGACUGUUGAGUCCGUCGUAAGAUACUCGUAUCGGUAUGGACUUGUAUAUUAGGCAAAUUGCCUCCUGUGAUAUCGGCAACCGGAUAGAUUUGGGUGUUCC